AUGUCAACAACCGCAACGAGGCAUGUCAAAUCAUCAAACUCAGCGAACAUACUUAUGUGCAAACAAUGGUGGAAAGUUUGUUGGAUGUAUGGCGACCAAGAAAAAUACUACCGACAACUCUAUGGAAGAAAGAAAAUCAAUACAAUAAACACGAUUAAUAAGGGACUUUUCGAAAACCCAGACGAACAAAGACCCGGCGCUCAAAUCACAGAAUUAACGGACGGCUUCUUCGAGGAGACGCCAGAAAGAAAAGAAUGGUUCGGAGUAGAGUCAGAACCAAUCUACGGCUUUGAAUACGACCAAAGAAGAAAACCAAUUAACUUGGAUGAUAUUAAUGAAAUAACUAAUAGUAUAAAUCUACCUCCAGGGAAUAGUCGAAGCAGAGACUUACAUAGUGACAAUGAUUUGAUAGGAAAAUCUUCUAGAACAGUCUGUAAGACGAAAAAGGGUCACGUGACAGAGGAAACUGAAAUAUCAACCGAUGGUAAGACGCUAUCAAAUCUAAGAUUUCAUAGAUCGACAGUAAAGAGAGCUCCGAAUAAGGUGAAGGAAGUGCUUGAACCACUCAAGGAAGAUGCAGUGUUGGAUCAAUGCGUUAGAAAAAAGUGUGUGGGCGACACUUUAACCACAACAACGACCACGCUAGUGACUGUGACGCAGCAGAAGGUGACCAGUUGCAAUGAGUGA